UUGGUCAAAAUCCCGAACAGACUCCGAGUGUGUAGAGAGCGUGCUUAACUUUUCACUGAAAAAUCAACCUUUCACAAUGUCAUUCGUCUCCGUUAGUCCGGACAGCCACUUCCCAAUUCAAAAUCUACCUUAUGGUGUAUUUUCUACUGCUGAUAACCCACGCAACAGAAUUGGAGUUGCCAUUGGUGACCAGAUAUUAGACCUGAGUCAAGUGAAACAUUUCUUUGAUGGAGCAGAACUGAAGUCUCAUCAGGCUGUCUUUGAUGAGCCUACUCUGAACAGUUUUAUGGCCUUGGGUCGACCAGCAUGGCAGGAAGCAAGAGGGGUCCUACAGAAGAUUCUGUCCGUGUCUGAAGGCAUGUUGCGUGACGAUGCUGAACUCAGGGCAAAAGCAUUUGUACCCCAAAGUCAAGCUACAAUGCAUCUACCAGCCAAGAUCGGGGAUUACACCGACUUCUACUCUUCAAGGUACCAUGCAUACAAUGUCGGUGUAAUGUUCCGAGGACCAGAAAAUGCGCUCAUGCCUAACUGGACACACCUUCCUGUUGGUUAUCAUGGCCGAGCCUCUUCCGUGGUUGUGUCAGGGACUCCCAUCAGACGACCCAAUGGUCAAACCAGGCCUGAUGAUUCUAAGCCGCCGGUGUUUGGACCAUGUAAGCUGAUGGACAUCGAGCUGGAGAUGGCCUUCUUUGUGGGUGGUCCAUCCAACAAGCUAGGAGAACCAAUCCCCAUCAGCAGGACGGAGGAUCACAUCUUUGGGAUGGUGGUCAUGAAUGACUGGAGUGCUCGAGAUAUACAGAAGUGGGAGUAUGUCCCCCUUGGGCCAUUCCUUGGGAAGAACCAUGGCACCAGCAUCUCCCCAUGGGUUGUCACCAUGGAUGCACUGGCGCCAUUCCAGGUGCCCAAUCAGACACAGGACCCGACUCCCCUGCCGUACCUUCAACACGAGGAUCCCUUCUCCUUCAACAUCAACCUGGAAGUCAUGCUGAAUUGUGAAGGUUUACCCAAGCCUGCAACUGUGGCCCGCAGUAACUUCAAGUAUGUGUACUGGUCAAUGAAGCAGCAGCUUGCUCACCACACCGUCACUGGCUGCAACGUUAACGCAGGCGACCUCAUGGCCUCUGGGACCAUCAGUGGCGAGACUCCAGACACAUAUGGAAGUUUCCUAGAGUUAUGCUGGAAGGGGACAAAGCCUGUGGAUUUGGGCAACGGAAUAACACGCAAGUUCUUGCAGGAUGGAGAUGAAGCUAUUCUCACAGGUUACUGUGAAGGUGAAGGUUAUCGUGUCGGGUUUGGAACCUGCACUGGAAAGGUUUUACCAGCUCUGCCGCUGUAGAUCAUGUCAUUAAGCAGAUGUCAACAUCUCCUGGACCGACUCGCACAAAGAGGUCAAAGCGCUGAGACUAAUGUCCAGGUUUUACUAUAGAUUGGCAAUAGACUUGGUGCUAAUACCACUUUGUGCAGGUGGGCUCUGGUUGUGUGUGCCGUUGUUAUAUGUGCCUUAUUUCAAUGAUCUGACUACUGAAUGAAGCUUCCCUCAGGAUUAUUAGUACAUGUACUAACACUGUAUAUGUAUAUACCUGUCUGUAUAAGUUAAUCAUGUAGUAACACUAAUAGACUGACAGAACAUUCCAGGGUAGAAGAAUAUGGAGAGAAUUUAGUUAAUCUAUCAAAAAAACAUGUUUAUGUUAUUGAGUGACCUGCUUAUUGUCCCCCACCGCAACGCGGAACGGAGGACUAUGUAUUCAGCGGCGUACGUACAUCACGAUUCUUGUUAACCCAAUAUCUCAUGAACUGUUGUACCCAAUGUCUUCAAAUUUGGUGACGGCCCACAUUGGGGAUUACCCGGUACCCAGACACCAGUCGAUUUGGGUGACUUAUCUCAAAAACAAGUAUUUACAAUGCCUGUGAUGCAACAAACCUUGUUAUAAUGUAGCGUUGGGAAACACUGCUGUUUGAAAAUAUAUGAUGUCCGAAAACAUAUAAUCCAACAAUAGGGCCUCCGUGACUGCUAUUUCAAUCCAAUUUGAUGUUUUCAGCAAGGAAAAAGCUUAUAUCAUGCAUAAAGAUAUGUGUCUACCAAUGUCAUGUCUUCCCAGACAAAUUCGCAGUUACAUUAUUCCUUAGUAACAGAUAUUUUAUUCUGUAAGUAUUAUUGAGGUGUUAUGUUACUGUUUAUGUUGCAGUAACCAGUAGAUAUAAGCCAUACUCAAUUUAGUACUUGCUACAAACAGAAAAACAAUAACACUUUUGUAGAAUUGUUGUGUUUUAGUCCAAACUACAGUAUUAAGUUACAGAUGUAUGGAAGGUGAAGGUGAAGCACAUCAUCCAUCAAGUAUAAGGGUAUAUGCUAACUUGAAUGCACUUUCAGACUGCUUGAGCUGUGGAAGAGCUCUGAAGAAUUGUGGCAUUUUACAUAUCUUGCAUUGUGAUAGAUCUGGAGGAUCUGAAAAAAAUUGUCUGUUUUAUGCAAAUCCCAUACGAAAUAAAUACAGGCAUAUUUAUAUGGAUAUUCCAUAGGACUUUAUAUUUGAGAUGACAAAUAUUUUUUAGUACAACCUGUUUCUGUCAGUUUAUGAUGAUGGUAUUUGGUGUAUACUUUUUAUUGGUGAUUUGAAAAACAUGUUAACAGAAGUAAACAAAGAGCCUUUCUACUCAUACAUACAGUGCCACGGUUUCGAUGCAUGAAAGUGAGAAUGUCUAUAUGUGUGAUUAGUAAUAGGGAGGGCAGGCUAAUUUUGUAACAGUUGUGACAAAUGUAUCAUAGGAAAUUAGGUGUUAAAAGUAUGUCCAUCUUACAGCCCUGCCAUGGUUGGGAGUUAAUACACACCAUGUAAUGUGUGUAGUUAAGUUUGAGUGCUGUUUAACUCCCACACUCAGCAGUAUACUACAGCAGUUUAGAGUAAAUGACAUCACCCUUACCAUAUGUUAGAGAUCUGAUUGGUUCAUGGAUAAAAUACUAUGUAUCCUGCCUGGGAGGGGGAUAAGGUUCUGAGUGGGAGGAUAAGUAUGCCAUACCCCGCUACAAAUGGGUGGUGGGUUAGCCAAGGGGUUCAAGUGUUCACUCAUCACGCCAAAGACCCGGGUUCGAUUCUGUACAUGGGUACAAUGUGAAACCCAUUUCUGGUGUCUCCCAUUCACAGCAGUGCAUUGUUUACCUCAUUGUUGCAGUCAAUUGAAUAUUUUUGUAACUGACAUCAUAGCAGAAUUUUUUUCUCGUCAUUUGGCAAUGACAUUUUUAAGGCAGCAGUCAUGAUCAGUGAUUUACUGAAAGGGAACACUUAAUGAUUAAGAAAUAAUUGGUUGGUAAAAUUCUUGCAUAAAUGGUGAUCAUUAAGAGCAAAGUUGAAUGGGAUUUCACAGGGUUUUAAUCUGCUUGAGAUCGAUGGCUUUGGAGUUUAGCAGUGUGUGAUUAUAUGGCUUUUGGUGCUUUGUUGUAGGUAGGCAUUGUUAUGUUAUGUUUGUUGUUGUUUUGAAUGCACAGUGCACGCACAAUCUUUUUACUUUAUAGAGGUGUGAACAUGUUACAAGAUAUAUAUUCUAGGUGAAAGAAGGUAUUGAGUUUGUAGCAUUGGUUGAUCUGAAUAUUCAUGUAUUUACAUACUUAUGCAUUCAUUUAUACAUGUACAUGUAUUUUGAAUUAUGUUUGAUCAAUGAACCAUCCAUUCAAAAUUUGAUUUUCUGCUUUUUUAAAACACUUUUAGCUGUACAGGGUUUUCUUAUCCUUCAGAAACAAAAAAUAUAUUAUGAUUUGAUAUUACAGGAGAUAUAUCUAUGGCAAUUAUUCACAUGGUAAUUUAUAAUAAUGUUAUAAAGACAUGUCAUGCCAGUAAUGUUUUCUUUCAUAAGGCAGCUAAGCUAUGAUGAAUGUCAUUAGUGUAUGGUUCUACCGCUGUUUCACAGGGGUGUGGUAAAUGUGACUCAGUAUAAUGGAAAUCUCAAAUUUGAUUGACAAUCAGCCUUUAAAAGUUUUACAACAUGUUUGAAUCCAGUUUGAUGGAACAGUGUUGUCUGAAAAACUGUUUAAAUGCUUGAGAUUAGUUAACCUGAAUAGUAAUAAAGUAUUUCUGUAUUGCUGAAAA